CAAUUUUUUUAAAAGAAAAAUUCAUAAUUCCAAUUUUACUUUGUACACUGUACAGCAAACGUAAAAAUCCACAAAAUAAUAAUCCUAAAAUAUUGUCUUCAUUCGGAGGUUAUUAAAUACCAAUCUGCCCUUUUUGUCAAAAUUUGUUGAUGUUAAAUUUUGACCACCCCCGCCCUUUCCAUUAAUUUACUUAAUUAAACUGAUGUUUGAGGUAAUAAAAAUAUUUAAAAUUAAUAAGUGUAAUUACUAUUUUUCAAAGAAAAUGGAAAAAUGUGCUCGAGAAAAGCAGAAGAAAUUAGCGGAUUAACAAGUACCCAGAUUAGCGGAAUAUUUUGACUCAAAUAAACGGAAAGCCUUAACCCCCUGAAAUCUGAAAACUAUAUUGUUACAAACGAAAAUCGGAAGCACAUAAACACAAUUUUUAUUCAGAGUUACAAAUAGACUAAUAGUUAAACAAAUUUCAGCAAAUAAUUGAUUUGGUUAAACUGUUAUAAAUAGUAUGUAGUGAAGCGCUGUGAUUAAGAGAAUAAAACUGUGAUAUAAUAAAACUGUGACGUUAGAGCAACUGUGAUUCAAGCCGUGGCAUUUAGAAACAAUAGCAUUAAAAAUCAAAAUGAUGAAAUAUCUUAACAAAAUGUCACCAUUUCUACUGCAUUUGAUGGUUAUAUAUUCAGUUUUUGAUAUUUACUUCAAGUCUCCGAUUCUACAAAUCAAGGAACCCAGUUCUCCACAGCACCAAGCGGCUGCGCGAAGACUUGUAGUAUUUGUUGCUGAUGGUUUACGUGCUCAGAGCUUUUACAAAGCGCGCGCAGCACCCUUUCUUCAUCAGACAAGAUUGUUGUCGCUAAGAAACAAGAUUCUGACGAUGAACAGAUAGACAAGGUAUAACCCACGAAUCAAA